AUGGCUAGAAGAUUAAGAUUGGCAUAUAUUGUCAAUGGAUUCAAAAGAAAAGCAACCUACAAAAAAAGAAAGAAUGAAAUGCUCAAGAAGCUUAAUGAGCUCACUAUCCUUUGUGGUGUAGAUGCUGCAAUAAUAAUGUACAUCUCUUUCGAGUCAGGGCCAGUCAUAUGGCCGUCUGCUGGAGAGGUUCAGCAAAGAAUUACUAGGUUCAUGAACUUGCCACAUGUGGAACAAACUCAAAGAAUGAUGAGUCCUGAAAGCUUUGUUGAAGAGAGGAUUCAAAAGUUGAACACUCGACUUCUGAAGGUGAAGAAAGACAAUAGGGAGAGGGAGAUGGAUGCAUUGAUGCAUAAGAUCAUUACUGGAGAACGAACAAUUAAUUCUUUGCGUGUCAUAGAUCAAAACGACUUGGAUUGGGUUUUAACAACCAACUUGGUUAAAAUUGAUAACAUGGCUGAGGAAAUUAUGAGACAUUCCUCAACCAUAGCAUCAUCAGAUUUCGCUCCAGCCCAACUCUGA